CAGUAAUUGUCCAAUAAAUUCGCCUAAAGCUACUGGUUAAAGUUAUAGGGAUUGACUGGAUUACAAGAAUAAAGUACACAUCCACUGUGGUCAGAAAUUAUUAGUCUACUAUGUGGACGGUUCUCCUCAUCCAGGCCCUCGUCGGGUAUGCGGCAUCACAAUCUUUUAUUAGACCUGAAAAGGUUCAAUUGGAUCCAGCUCAAGAAGUUGCUUGUGAACUGACCGGGCUCAUCUCUGAUCCCAUUGACUGCUGCCAUUUCAUCAAAUGUGACCUAAGACAGGUUGGCUGGAGGUUCCCAUGUUUGGGUAAGACCGUAUGGAACCCAGUCCUCUGCUCGUGUGUGCCAGAGAAGACCUUCAGAGAGUGUAACCGUAGCGCAUGCCCACCUCUCCCAACCCCCGGAACGACAGCACCUUGCCCUAUUGAUCUCGGAACAGAGGAAUGUUGCCUGGAGGGAACUGGUCAGAUCUUCCGAAGAGAUGCCACUAACGACACCAGAUAUUUCUUCAAGGGAGAAGCUGAUCCCCAAGAUUGCCCACCAGGCCAGACCUUCAUCUUGAGCUCCUGUUGUUGUGAAGGGCCACUUGAUAUCGUUGACAGUCCCUGCAUCCAGUUCGACUUCGAAGGGAACUACGUAGACACUUUCCAGAGCGUUCACGGAACCCCCAUUGGUACAACAAUCGCCAGACCUGGUCAUGCUGGUAAUGGCGCUGCCCAAUUUGGAACCGGAACCAGCGUAGAGAUACCUUAUUUCAGCAAUGCCUAUUAUGGAAUCCGAUUCUCUGCCUCGGCAUAUGUUAGAUUUGAUGAACAAAGUGACGGGCUAGUCAUUCAUAAUGGAAAAGAGGAAGGUGUUGCAGCUACAGUCAAAAUGGAGAUCCUGCAAUGCCCAGGUCAAACUGUCCUCGUUGCUGGAGUGAAAGCUUGCGAUAGAAUAGAAGAUGUUGUCCUUCCAAUUACGGCAAAUAAUGGCGAAUGGAUAAAAGUGUACAUGUCAUUCAACGAAGGAAACAUGGUGGUAGGAUAUGAAGACUCUAAUGGAGUACCAACUGAGGUCGAAAGAUUUGAACCAGAACCAAUGCCAACCGAAGAAAUUAAAAAGUUCGUCACGCAGGUCAACAAUGUUGCAAGGAGAAGAGUGAAUGUAGCUAUGGAUGCUAUUCAGAGUAUCCCCACGCCCGUGGAAAGUGCAGACCAGGCCAUUUUAAGAGACGUUGAAACAUGUUUGGACGAAGUCAACAGUAUUCUUGAAGACUUGGGUGAUUUCACAGAAAACCCCGCUGGAGCCGUAGGUCUUACAGAUCUGAGACAAUGUGUCAAGGACUUGAAGCCAUUCUUGAGAAGGUGCAAGAAGGGAAAAUCUAUCGAUACAACAGAAUUGGAACAAUUGGUGACAGGGUGCAAGGAACAGCUUGCAAAAAUGAACUCAAUCAUCUCAGAAGUUAAAAGAGCCCUUGCAAAGAUCUGUGAAAUCAAAGAGGAUCGUCACACAUUCAGAGACGUUUUAAACAAGGAAACAAGAUCGAGCAUCAAUACACUCAAGAGAAAACUUAACAAGGUAGCUGACGCAGUCUCUGAAGAGAAUCCAGAUAGUGGUAGAGGUAUAGGUGAACUUGAUGAAAAUGUAGAAUUGGCCGAAGAAUGUGUCAACAAACAAAACAGCAACAGAAGGAAGAGAAACGUCGAUAAUGACGAGAUUCCUUCCAUCAAGAGCACAAAAUAUCCACUUACGUUCGGAGAUGGUUUCCCAGGAGCCCUCGAUGAGGUCGAGUUGUGCUUCACCUUGUAGUUAAUACAUGGAUUGUAAAAAUGAUUUGAGAAAUAAAUGUAAUAAACAAUA